UCUCCCGCCCUCCUCUCUCCCUCCCUCCCGGCCGCGGAGCAGCAUGGCGGAGCCCGGGCAGCGGCCGCGCGGCCGCCCGCCGCCCCUCUGAGCCCGGCUCGGGGGCAGCUGGGCGCGCGGACCAGACCCCCGCCCCCGCCGCGCCCGCUGCCGCACUUGUCCCCCUGCGCGCCCCCGGAGCGCGGCGCACCCCUGGGACCUGGCGCACCCCAGGUUCCCCAGCAUAAUCCCGGAGCCCGCACGCCGGGACCCCAGUGCCGCCCCGGGAGUCCCGCACGCCCCGGACCGCGACGCAGCUCGGGACCCUCGCGCGCCCUGGACCCCCGCGCGCCCUCAGAAGCUCGGGCCAGGCGGACUUGGGCUGCGUGCCCUGGUGAGGGGCCCCGCCUCCGCCCCAGCGGGUACCCCUCUUCCAACUGACGGCGCCCCGCCCCUGAGAGACCCCCAGGUUCGACAGGGACAUCCAUCCUACACCCAGAGGGCUCCCAGCAUCCCGCAGCGAGCCCCGGACCCCGGAGGAACCUUGGUGCCCAGCUGGGGGCUCCCCGCCCCGCAGAGGGGGCGCCGCCCAGGAGGGUCCCCCGCGCCCCGCGGGCCCCGGCAGGAUGCACGCCGCCCUGGCGGGGCCGCUGCUCGCCGCCCUCCUCGCCGCCGCCCGCGCCCGCCCGCAACCCCUGGACGGAGGAGGACAGUGUCGGCCGCCCGGAUCGCAAAGGGACCUCAACUCCUUUCUGUGGACUAUUCGACGUGACCCCCCGGCCUACCUGUUUGGCACCAUCCACGUCCCCUACACCCGUGUCUGGGACUUCAUCCCCGACAACUCCAAGGCGGCCUUCCAGGCCAGCGCCCGUGUCUACUUCGAACUGGACCUGACGGACCCCUACACCAUCACGGCGCUGGCCAGCUGCCAGCUGCUGCCCCACGGGGAGAACCUCCAGGACGUGCUGCCCCGCGAGCUCUACUGGCGCCUGAAGCGCCACCUGGACUACGUGAAGCUGAUGAUGCCCUCCUGGAUGACGCCCGCGCAGAGGGGCAAGGGGCUCUACGCGGACUACCUGUUCAACGCCAUCGCGGGCAACUGGGAGCGCAAGAGGCCCGUGUGGGUGAUGCUGAUGGUGAACUCGCUCACGGAGACGGACGUGCGUUCCCGGGGCGUGCCGGUGCUAGACCUCUACCUGGCCCAGCAGGCUGAGAAGAUGAGGAAGAGCACCGGGGCCGUGGAGCGGGUGGAGGAGCAGUGCCAUCCCCUCAAUGGGCUCAACUUCUCCCAGGUGCUGUUUGCCCUGAACCAGACCCUGCUGCAGCACGAGAGCGUACGGGCCGGGAGCCUGCAGGCGCCCUACACCACGGAGGACCUCAUCAAGCACUACAACUGCGGGGACCUCAAUGCUGUCAUCUUCAACCAUGACACGUCACAGCUGCCCAACUUUAUCAACACCACACUCCCGCCACACGAGCAGGUGACAGCCCAGGAGAUCGACAGCUACUUCCGCCAGGAGCUCAUCUACAAGCGGAACGAGCGCAUGGGGAAGAGGGUCAUGGCGCUUCUUCAGGAGAAUGAAGACAAGAUCUGUUUCUUUGCCUUCGGAGCAGGUCACUUUCUGGGGAACAACACAGUCAUUGACGUCCUCCGGCAGGCGGGGCUGGAGGUGGAGCACACACCCGCAGGGCAGACCAUCCACAGCCCUGCCGCCAGGAGCCCUGCACCGCCUCCCGAGAGGACCUCAGCGAGCCCGGCCCCCGUGACCCCUGCUGCUGCCGCCCCCGCAGCACCCUCGGUGACCCCCACCGCCCCGCCUGAGGAGGACGACCCAGCCCUAUCCCCACACCUCCUGCUCCCCGACAGCCUCAGCCAGCUGGAGGAGUUCGGGCGGCAGAACAAGUGGCACAAGAGGCAGAAUAAACAGCAGCGGCCGCGGCAGUUCAACGACCUCUGGGUCCGCAUCGAGGACAGCACCACCGCCUCGCCACCCCCGCUGCCCCUCCAACCCACGCACAGCUACAGCUCCGGGACCGCCGGGCCCCUCUUCCAGCUCUCCGACCAGCUCCAGCCGCAGGAAGCGCCGGGCUCCACCAGCAGCUCAGUGCCUGCCCACUCCCAGCCGGCCCUGGGCCUCCUCCCUGCCAUCAUCGCUGCCAGCUUCGCAGCCCCCUUCCUGCUGCACACCUUCGGGCCUUCCUGACCUCGGCUGCCCGUGCAGAGAAGCCAGAGAAACCGCAGGAGGGUCUGUGGCCACACCCCACUGCCCCUGCCACCCCACUCCCAGGGGGGGGGGCUGACACCUCACGGGCAGUCCAGUCGGGAUCCGUUAGAACCCUAGAGCUUUAUUGUACCCAAGUUACAUCUUCUUUUUUGUAGAAGGAUCUUAAUUUCCCAUAGUGCUAUGGGGCUCUUUUGUAAAAUACGUGUCCAUAUUAAAAAAGAAAAAUGUAUUUAUUCCACCGAUAAAACUAUUUUUAUGUGGCCUAUAUCAAUUACCCCCUAAUUAGUCCCAGCGUGCACCCAGGCGGUGAAGCCAGGCUGUCAGGACUUCUGCGACCUCAUGCGGACCUUGGCGGUGCAGCGCCUGCUCUGGACCGGCGGAAGCCUCCCGUGCCUGGAUUUGGCUUCUUCCACCGCGGGGACCUCGGAGGGAGGGGCAGGCAUACAAGCUUAGCUUUUGUGAAGCUGGAUUUGGGAGCCAGAGAUGUGAACGCUGACGGUCCUUCCCUCCCGUGGAUGCAUCCUAGGGCUGGGAAGAUACUUUUCGGAAAGAGAAUGCUGCUAUUUUGUAAACCAAGGCCUCCGGAGCUCUUGGUGAGUGUUCCGACCUAAGCACUGGGUGGAGGAAGAGAGUCGUCGCUGAGGGAGGUGGUUUCCCGGGCCCGUGGGCCUGAUGGUUAAACUAAGAUCCAAAGAGAGGAAAGUGGUUGCCCAAGGUCACACAGCAAGUGGGAGAUCCGGGGCAUGAACCCAGACCUCUCUGCUCUGAUAGCAUUAAUCCACCUUGGGUUACAGGAGAUGCUACUGAAGUCGCCGCCAAAUGGAAUGAGCUGGACGGACGGACAGGAGUCAGCACAGAGGGCAGUUUUAGAGACGGGGGUUCUAAGAGUCACGUGGGAAUAAUUGUAAGGAGAGCCACCAUUUUGUCCACUCACUUUAUCACUGAUCCCCAUGCCAGUUCUAGGAGAGGCAACCAUCCCCUUUUCACAGGUGAGGAAACUGAACCCCCAAAAGAGGCAAAGGGACUUGCUCAAGGUCACUCAGCCAGGACAUAGCCCCAAAGAAAUGUGACUGAGAAGUGAUGCUUAUCUCCUGGCUCAGAUUCUGCCACGUUCUCUCUACACAGGGACGCCCCACGGGCCAGCACAAGCUUCUUACUCCGCCAAAGAGACUGUUUGGCCACAGUUGCUCAUGUGGGUCACUCUUGCCAAAGGGCUCUUUGUGUGUGCCACGUGUCCCAGGCCCAGACUUGUCUUAUCCUAAAGCCAAUGAGAGGCUUUUCUGCCAAAUAAGAGGCAAGGGAAUGAGGGGCAGCUGUGGGAAGCGUGGGGAGACUGGCAGCCAGUCAAACAGGGAUAGUCAGGCCACUCCGCCUCAGAGAGACAGACCUAGCUCCUCUGCCCCCGAGGCGAUGGCUGAGAAGGCAGAGGACCCUGCCUUCCAGUCCUGGACCCUCAUAGGCCUAGCGGCGCAUCCAUUACAGGUCCUGGCACCGGAGAUCAGAAAGAACCCCUCAUCUGACCUCUAACUGUAAGAAUAACAAUCAGGCAGGGAGGGGGUGUUUCCCCAAAACUGCACAGCUGGAUAUCUGCUGAAUCCCAGACCAGUGCUCUCCAGUGUCACUGGCAGUGCCUGCCUAACCCCAGUCCCAGCUGGGCAGCUGUCCCUUCUGAGUCAGUAGGGUCCAGGGCAGCUCUAUUGGAUGGUCAGAGGUCCCACUGGCAUCUUGGCAGGCCUCUGAAUUCUUUUUAGCUCAGCCCUGGAUGGAUGUUUUGGAGCCUGAGACCUGGCAGGGGCUUCAGAGGGUCCAGCCAGCCCCAUGGGCACCAGGCUGUAAACCAAACUUGACCCCGGCCAGGGUUUAUCCUUGGCAGAAACGAGACUUCCUAUUUCUGAGCGGGAAGGGGCUUAGCUGAGUUAUAAAGCAGGCUCAGAGGCCUGGGGGACAUCAAACACUUCGUGCGGAGCACUAUUUGGAUGAGAUAAGUGUAAAGGAAUUAGAAACACACAGGCCAGAUUUCCCUCUGCUCGGGGCAGAGUGUGGCAUGCGAUGUAUUGAGAUGGAACUUGAGGUUAAUUAAAGAUGAAGCAUUUGGGUAAACAGUCCAGGCACCUGACUGCGUGCCCAGAUCUGUGCCAGGCACGGGGCCAGAGGUAAAUUAAUGCAGUGUGUGAUUAUCGAGCACACGCAGUGCCAGUCUCCAUGUCGGGCCCGAAUCUCGCCACCUUCCGGAUCUAGAGGAGCUCAGCCUUGAGAGAGACGCACAGCACCGUCCUGGGCUCCUAAAGGACAUUGAGGUCAUCCUAUCCAUCCCUUAAGCAGGCAAAUUCAGCCCUGGUCUUCCCCAGAUCCCUCCUUGGUGCAGUUCGGGGGAUUCCAAACUCUUCCCCAGAUAAGCACUCAAGUGUUUAAAGGAAGAUGGAUGUGCCAACAGGUUCGGUGGACGUGUGCCGCCCGGACAGCCAGAGCCAGCGUGGGUCAGACAUCUGCAGCCGAAGCGCGCUGAUCUCCGAGGACCACCCACUGGCCGGGGUUUGAAAUGAACUGAGCUUGCUGUUUAUAUCCCAGAAGACCCGAGGCACAUUUAUGGAAAUUGAAUGGCUGGGGGUGCGUGAAUUCUCUCAUUCUGGGCCGGAGAGCCUUCAUUCCAUCAGCGGCCAAUCACACACUUGGAAAUGCUCUAUCCACACCACUGCUGACAUCUUUCCCAGCAUGUGCUAUGUGCUCAGCCUCAUAAAAUGCCCCUGUUGUUCUGAGAGCAUCGUGUACACGUCUUGGGGCUUUCACGUUGGCCUUAAGGCAGGCAGAGAAGAUGGAUGGGCUGAGACCCAGCAGGUUCCGUACCCUGCCUAAGGUCAGUGGUGGUCCAGAUCCCCUGUCUCUCGGGAAACAUUACUGACUGACCCAGGAGUUUUCCGGGGCUGGUCAGCAUAGCCGUUCUGCGAGUCUUCUUCCAGGCUGCCUGACACCCACAGCAGAGGUAGGCAGGGACCGAAGGUGCACGAGUCAGGCUAUCAGGAGCUGCCCGGGCCGCCGAGGGCCCCUCCACCUCUGAGAGUCAAAGAUCUGGAGUCCAGGCAGUACGAACACCUGUACUGACCAGCAAGGUCACCCUUGCUCUGAAAGACUAUUAGUGAGUUUUCCUGAUGUCAUCGAAUGCUCCAUCAUCUAUGUCAUGGCCUCAGCCAGACUUGGGCAAACCUAGAGGCUCCGGGUUCUGUCCUACCUGCCCCGCCUCCAGUCUGGUGCCAUUGACAUCAGAUCCCAAGGAAAGGUCCUCCACCAAAGGAAAGCUGAUGACAAACACCGUGAAGGCUAGGUCACGUUCUGCCUGGGAACGGCCGCUUUGAUGGUUUCUGUGCCGAGGACAGAAUUGGAGCUGGCUAUCCUGUUUCAGUGGUGGUGGGAGAAGAACCACAUCCUCAGCCUGCCAUUCUAGACUCUCCAUGAUCUGGCCCUGCUGCUUGCCAGCCGCAUCUCCCAUCUCCCCCACUCUUCGCUUGACCAGACCGAACUGUAUUUGUCAUUUCUAGGACAGAUCAGAUGUUUCACACAUGCUGCAUGCUAGGCCUGGGAAGUCCCUUCUCUUACCCUAACGGCUCAAUUUUUGAGAAUCAACUCAAAUGACACCUCCUCCAAGAAGCCCCCUGUGAUUCCUUUGUGCUUUCUAGCAUCUAGCACAACACCCACUGAGACUGUCUAAUGGCAUGUGUGCUCUCUUAUUGGACUGUGAGCUCCACGGUGGCAAGAGUCAUGUGAACUCAUAUCUAUAUCUUCAUCUGACACAAAGAUGGCACUGAACACCUGUGCAGAAAGGGAAGGAGAGAGAAAAGAAUGAAGGAAGGAAAGAAGGAGAGAGGCAGAUGUUAGCUUUGCUAGUGGAGUGGUUUGUACAAAGCCAAAGUUGUGUGAGAGUGGGCAGGUGCCUCUGCAGGUGAGUUUCUGUCAGGAGAGGAGUGUGAGCAGGGGCAGUGGGCACCCUGGCUGGAGAGAAAUGGCAGAGUUAAAGUCUUGGCAAGGGACUAAGGCAGAUGACAUCGAGAGCCCCUCCUGGCUCUGUAAUGUUCAGGUUCUUUGAACAUUGUGAUUUUUCCAAAACUUCAUCUCAGCAGCCAAAAGAAAUCACCCGGCUGGCUGUCUAAACCAAUAAGGUUCAGGAAUCAGUCCAGCCGUGCGCCACAGUUCUCCAAGAGUCCAGCCAGGCUGAAGGAAUUGGCAGGCUUGCCGGCUGCCCCGGGGCAGGGGAACUUCUGGGCCCUGGAGGAGAGCUGAACUGGAACCCAGGACCCUGGCUCCAACCCAGAGCUUAUUGCCUUCCUGCCCCAACCCUUGGGGAGGAAAGGGGUCAUGAGAGCCCAUGGAGCCUCAGCUGGCCCUGGCCCGUCGGCUUCUCCCACCCUUUCUCUGACGGUGGCACUUCCUUCCCUGAGAUUCUCUGGAGAGUCCUUCACUUCGCUGGGUGACCUUGGGCAAGUCCCUGCCCCUCUCUGAGCGUCCAUUUCCUCAUCUGUCAAACAAAGGCCUUGUUUCCGGCCUGAGGUGUUCUGGAGAUAUGGACAAAUGCUGUGUGCAAUCUUGGGGCUCCGUGAAGGCGGGGUGCCACUCCUCCCCAGGAUCAAUGCUCUGCUUUCCUUCCAGGACCCGCAAUCUGCUCUGGGCUUGGGAGCAUGCAGCGGGCAGGGGAGGAGGCAGAGAAGCUUCACAGGGCCCCUCCAUCCAGAGUCCCACUCAGGGGCAAGUGUGCUUUGAGUGGGGCCUGAGUCUCAGAAGUUUCCAGUGGGGCUUUCAGACACCUUGGGCCCCUGUAGCUGGGGUGGCAGGGCCUGGCUCUUGGCCAAGGGAGAUUCUGGCCCAGAACAGAGGCCGCCAGAGCCCCGGGCCCCAGUCCUGGGCCUCGGAGGGAUCGCAGAAGUUCCCCGCCGGACUUGCACUGUGUGGCACAUGCUUCAGACCUUAAUGUAUUUGAAAGUAUCCGUGAUGCUGUUCUUUCAAUCACCUCUCCCCUGCACCUCUGUGAAUUAUCAUGAAGAGUUCUUUAAGAAUAUAAUAGAAGACAAAGAAAGAUGCUAUUAAUGUUAUUUUGCCAAAAAUAUUUUUGUAGCAUAAUAUAUUAAUAAAAGACAUUAUGAAUUCA